CCUCGCUAGUCAUUCGUUACACCUGAUUGUCAAAUGUUUGCUACUCCCAAAAUUCACGUGAUCUUGUAAAAGUGAAGUUUAAUUUUAUUUUUUAGCAGAAUGGCUCUUUAUUGUAACAUUUUAAUAUUUGUAAUAACAGUAUUAGGCAUAAAUGUUGUCAGAAGUGCAGAAUUUGUACCUGUUUACAUGUGGGGGACUACGAAGUUGUCAGAACGAGUACCUGCUUUGCACAAAAUCAGUCAAGAUUCGUUUAAAGACACCCUUUUAGAGUAUCUGAAGGAGGACCCUUACAUAAUUGUGUUUGUAGAACCCACUUUGAGUCCUGAAGAUUUUGCUCAACAUGACCAAAACGGGGAUAUCGCGUUCCCGAAUCUCCACGGUUUGAAGAAACUUAAAAAUCACGUUGCUUACAAACCCUAUGUACAAAAUCCAGUUAGAGCCGUCAAACAGCUCAAUAAGGAAGUCACAGAGUUGUCCAUUGCAUCUCUGUUGAGUAGCUCUAAUGUGCCUAAAGAUAAUAUUUUGAUUAUUGAUUUGAACGAUGCCAAAGAUGAUGAACCCCGGUUUCAUAUGCUGAAACGUCACGAUUCUGACAUUGUGUCAAUUUAUAAGGAUAUCCUAGAACAACGCAAUAAUGUCUUGGCUAUAUAUACGGCGAAUCACACGUCUUGGAUAGCGCCCGAGGAUAUUACCCACUCCAGAUCCAGAAGCUUGCUCCAGUCAGAAGAUACAGAAGAGAAAGACACUGGACACUUAUAUACCUCCGAACACGUUUUGUUAUAUUUGAGCAAAGAUGGAAUGUAUCAGGUGGAUAAGGAGUCGUCUGGAAUCCUAAUUGAUGACUCUUUUACACUACAUGAAGAAACCACCAGCAAAGAUAACAAAGAGAAUAUAACAGCGAUUUUAAGCAGCGGCAAGAGUGACUUGUCUGUUAAUUUUGAUAUCAAAUUUAAUAACGUGUCUGGAUACUGGUAUUUAACUUCAAUGAGCGUAAAGAAAGGUGGUAAAGAGGACCCAAUAGUUGGUAUUAGUGAUUACUUCGCGCCUCGCGGUUUUUCCUACCACUGUUCUACUUUUAAUUUAUCAACGACGGACAAAAACGCAACGUUGUCUCUGCCCGGAUUUCAGAUCCAGCCGUUCCCCAAAAACAACACAUUUGGGGACGCCUAUGACUGCGUUGGAUUCACAUCAGUUCCUAUCUGGUCGGGUUUGUUUAUAACAAUAAUCCUGUUGUUGAUCGUCACCUUUGGUCUUACCAUGAUGAUGGAUAUUAAGACUAUGGACCGAUUCGAUGACCCCAAAGGCAAAACGAUCACUAUCACUGCUUCUGAAUAAUGUUGGUGAUAUUGCGUGUUCAACAUUCAAUAUUACCGUUUAGUUACGUCUUCCACACUAUUGCACCUGAACAGAAUUAACUUCUGGCUGGUUCUUGUGAUAAAUAAAAAAUUCGGUUUUGUUUUACCAUCCAUUUCUGUCAGGUCGCAAUACUCGGCUUAACUGCCAUGUGGUUUGUCUUCAAUUUUUAGGACCUAAAGCUUGUUAUACAAUGAAAUACUCCAUCAACGCGUAACUAACGAACUAGUGUCCUGCAGAGGGAAGACCUAAUUUAUAUACACAGUUUAUAUUAUAUGUAUAUAUGACAAUAGUAUUUUUAACAUGUUUUAAAUUUCAUAUGAAUGGUUAACUGUUGUUCAGGUAGUUGUACAAUAAUUGUUAACAGAAGUAGCCUUGACGUUGUUAAAAAUAAGCUUACCUUAGGUUGGCACCACUGUGCACACUAUAUACACCCCAAUUGUCCUUAUUUGUUGAAUAUGCUAGAUACAUAGGAUAUACAUAUUUUGUAGCCCUGUUAUUGUAUAGUACUGUAUUAUAUGUUAAAAGUGACCUUAGUUCCAUUUCAUUCCAGAAAUUUCAUCGUCAUUUUUAGAAUGAAUAAGAACGAUUUAUUUUUAAACGCAACUAGACUUGGUCGUUAUUUAUGUUAAGGGUGAUGGGCUGUUGCAGUUUACCAUUGUAAAUACCUUAGGUUAUUUCAUUGUCAUAGUGAUUAUCAUGUAAGGCCAAAAAUGUAGGUAGAAACGCUGUUAAUAAAUUAUACCAAUAGUGAA